UCCAAAUCCACAAGCAAUCUUUUAGUACCUCUCUCUGUCUCUGUCUCUGUCUCUCUCUCUCUUUGAGUGUGCGCGUAAAGAUCACAUACAAGAAGAUUUUUCUGCAUAAAUACACACAAUAAGGCCUUUGAAGCUCUCCUAUAUCUUGGACUCGAUGGGUUUUCCUCAACCUCCAAACCCCUCACACCUUUCUCAGGCUGUUCAACUUAAGCUUUACCAAGCUUUCAUAUUCUCAAUCCCCAUCCUUUUUUCAAUUAUUCUCCUUCUGCUGUUUUACUUGUUCUACCUCAAGAGGAGGGCUUCCAUUCUCUCAUAUCCUCCACCAAUACUUCCUAUAACUUCUAAUCAAGCUAAUCAAUUUAUUACCUUAACAUGUGAGGUGGGUCUGAAGGGGGAUAUCAAGGACAAGCUUCCAGUAAUCUUAUUUGAUGAGGAAUUAAGGACAAGGGAAUCACAAUGUUGCGUCUGCCUGGGAGAGUUCGAGAUCAAAGAAGAGUUGCUCCAAAUCCCAUUAUGCAAACAUGUGUUUCAUGUUGAAUGCAUACAUCACUGGCUGCACUCAAACUCAACUUGUCCACUCUGCAGACGCUUGGUGAUCAUCCCCACCAAACUUCACAAUCCUGCUCCUUCACCUACUAUAUCAGAGCCCUUCCAGCAAGAAACCACUACAACAACAUCCAACCAGCAGCCACAGAAUGAAUCAUCAGAACAACAGCAACAACAACAACAAGAAGACAGUGCCGUUGAAGGAUCAUAGAGCGUGGGCGUAUAUUUAACGGAGUACUCUGGCAGAUUACCUAACUAUUCUGUUUGUAGGGAGAAUGAUCCGAUGGCUCAAACUCAAGAAUCAGAGUUCUCCAUAGCAGAACUCCAUAAAUUAUGAAGCAUAUCAUGCCUUCUUUUCCAAGUUGGAAUAAGUGCACUAGUUACACACCAGUUCUGAAGGCUUGCAGGCAUGCAGGCAAAUGCAUGCCUGUUAAACAUUCACAUUAUUUUUGCUGUGUUAUUGCUUUUCCAACUUUUUUGAAGGCGGCUAAUGUUAGUAUUAGUGAAGCAGAGGGAAGAUCAGUGUAGUUCCGGAUGCACUCAUUUGAGGUUUGUGUAAGCUUUUUGUCUUGCAGGUUUAAAAUAGAAUGCCAGUGUCAUGGCCUAAUUUAUCUUGAACUCUAUUUUCUGUAG